AUGUCAAGUAGCACUUUCCCCAGAAUGCACUACAGCUCACAUUACGACUCAAGAGACGACUGCGCCAUGUCUCACGGAAACCCUAAGAUUAACCGUAUUCCUGCAAAUCUUUUGGACCAAUUUGAGAAACAGCUUCCUCUUCACCGGGAUGGGUUUCACACUUUACAGUACCAGAGGACCUCAACAGCUGCGGAACAACGCAGUGAGAGCCCAGGAAGAAUACGCCAUCUCGUUCAUUCAGUCCAGAAACUUUUUACUAAAUCUCAUUCUCUGGAAGGAUCAUCCAAGGGCAAUGUUAAUGGAACAAAGGGAGACAGUCGAGGGGAUGACCAUCAUCACGGGCACCAUUCAAAGCAUAGCAAAAGGAGUAAAAGUAAGGAGCGAAAACCAGAAAGCAAGCAUAAAUCUGGAAUGAGCAGCUGGUGGAGCUCUGAUGAUAAUUUGGACAGUGAUAGCACUUACCGAACCCCUAGUGUGGUAAAUAGGCACCAUGCAGAUCAUAUAUCCCAUUGCUAUCCUGAGGCACUCCAGGGGCAUUUUGGGGAUCUCUCAUUGAAGACUUCCAAAAGUAACAAUGAUGUGAAAUGUUCGGCUUGUGAAGGGCUAGCAAUGACCCCUGAUGGUAAAUAUAUGAAAAGGAGUUCUUGGUCCACGCUUACAGUAAGUCAGGCUAAAGAAGCUUAUCGCAAAUCAUCACUGAACUUAGAUAAGCCUCUGGUUCAUCAGGAAAUCAAACCUUCCUUGAGGCCAUGCCAUUACCUUCAGGUACCUCAGGAUGAAUGGGGAGGGUACCCAGCUGGUGGGAAAGAUGAAGAGAUCCCUUGCAGAAGAAUGAGAAGUGGGAGCUACAUUAAGGCCAUGGGAGAUGAAGAAAGUGGAGACUCUGAUACUAGCCCCAAGACGUCACCAAAAUUAACGGUUCGACCAGAGUCGUUAUUAAAAUCCAUUGGACAAAGACCACUGGGAGAUCAUCAAAAUCAGAGCUACCUUCAAACUGCAAGUGACGUGCCUGGGGGUCACAACCUGGAUCCCUCUGCAAACUACAAUUCCCCAAAGUUUCGCUCAAGGAAUCAGAGCUAUAUGAGAGCAGUGAGCACGCUCAGUCAGAUGAGCGAAGCAGAGGUUAAUGGGCAAUUUGAAUCGGUGUGUGAAUCAGUGUUUAGUGAAGUUGAAGCUCAGGCAAUGGAUGCCCUUGACCUCCCUGGAUGUUUCCGAACAAGAAGCCACAGUUACUUGCGUGCCAUUCAGGCAGGCUAUUCCCAAGAUGAUGAAUGUAUACCUGCGAUGGCAUCUUCCAACAUCACCUCAACUAUCAGGUCAACCACAGCUGUAACUUACACAAGUUACAAAAAAACACCGCCACCGGUACCCCCUCGUACCACUUCCAAGCCACUGAUCUCAGUCACAGCACAGAGCAGCACAGAAUCCACCCAGGAUGCAUAUCACGACAGCCGGACUCAGAGGAUUUCCCCAUGGCCACAGGAUGGGCGAGGGAUGUACAAUUCCACUGACAGUUUGGACAGUAACAAGGCCAUGAAUCUUGCCUUGGAAACUGCGGCCGCGCAGCGCCAUGCAUCCGAGAGCCAGAGCACCUCGAUACGAACCAGUGACAAGGCCAUUUUAGUGACAAAAGCAGAGGAGUUUCUUAAAAGUCGACGUUCCUCUAUAGGGAUCCAGGUGACGACCAGUACUUUUCACUGGGUUCUGACCCUUCUUG